CCAAUCAGAUUGAGCGGCAGUCGGACGUUGUGGUAAUCCGGUUCAGACACGAGAAGAGCGACCAGCGGAAGCUCAACUCCGAGCUCCGUUUCUAGCCACAAAAACUCCACAUUUCACCGCUUCACUUCCCAGCUGGAGGGGCGGGGGACACCGUUUCAGUGAACGGAUAUGCGUUACAAACACUCAUCUUUAAAUAGGAGUCGAAGAGUUUCUUGUUGAGGCAGACAAGUCGGUCUGUUGGUGGGGAUGGCGUUACACCGGGCUCCAUGAGCAGAAACUAGCCUAACGAGGCUGCACUGCAGGCCGGGACGAGCGGUUCGGUUGAGCCCGGAGGACCGAGGAAAUUCAAAUGCUCCCAGGUUUACUUUAACACGCCAGUUUUUUCUUUACACUCGGUCUGCUCCGAAAAACCUCUUUAUUUUUUCUGCUGAGAGUGGCCCAGACAGCUUUCACGGUGGAAACAAGAAGGAGAGCAAAGGGUUUCCAUGCCGUGUCUGCUCCUCAGAUGAACGCUGUGCGGGGGGGCACAGUCACCUGGCGUCCCCAGCCAUGGCAGGACGGGGACGGGGGAGGAGGAGAGCCUCUCUCAGACAGCGACUCAGAGGAGGAAGACUUCCCUGAUGACAGCACCACCCCACUGGGGGACUACAUUACCCAUGGUUUAAAGCAGCUCCUGGAUGCUCAGCAGCUGUGUGAUGUUACACUGCUUGUUGAAGGAAAAAAGUUCAUGUGUCACAGAGUCCUGUUAGCAGCUGUGAGUCCAUACUUCCGGGCGAUGUUCACCAGCCCUCUGGUGGAGUCUCGCCUCAGUGAGAUCCGUCUGGAGGAAGUAACACCGUCUGUCAUGGAGACCGUCAUCCAGUUUGUGUACACAGGUGAGGCAGGUCUCUCUCUGGAGACGGCGGAGGACUUGUUUGUCGCCGCCAACCGGCUUCAGGUCAUGCCCCUCCAGGACCUGUGCUCCAGGUUUCUGUUCGAGCACCUCUCGGUGGAGAACUGCCUGGGGAUGUACUCCCUGGCUCGCUCCCAUCAUGACCAGCUGCUUCUGCGGGCCUCCCUGCGACUGGUUGCGCAGCACUUCCCCCGGGUGGCGCGGCAGAAAGACUUCCUCCUGCUCGACCACGGCACUUUGGGCAGCCUGCUGAGCUCUGACCGUCUCGGGGUGGACUCCGAGGCUGAGGUUUACGAUGCGGCUCGCCGCUGGGCAGAGCACCAACCUUUGGAUCGCUAUGCCCACAUGCCAGCGCUGCUGCACCACCUGCGCCCAGGGCUACUGUCCCAGGAAGAGAGCCGACGCUUGAGCCAGGAGCUGGGGCCCGCUGCGGCUGGAGAGGGCCUUGGGGGGCCUCUGAGACCAAGGGAGGGCAUGUUUGAAAAAAAGAUCGUCUGUGUGGACUUGACACCCAGGGAAGAUGAAAAUAUAGCUUUGAAGGAGUACACAGUGGACUGCUUUGAUCCUCGGACAGGGAAGUGGGAGAAGCUAGCUGCACUGUGUUCUCUGGUGAGUCCAGGGUGCACGGCUGUGGGCGACAGGCUGUUUGUAGCAGGGGGGAUCCUCCGGACAGGCUCUGUAUCUGCCGGCGUGCAUGAAUACGAUGCUGUGUUGGACAGAUGGAUAGAAAGGCCUGGGAUGGCCCAGCCACGCGCUAUGCUGGGCCUGCUCGGUUGCGGAGAGUCCCUCUAUGCCCUGGGUGGCUGUAACCGCUCUGCUCUGUUGGACUCCAGUGAAGUGCUGGAUCUGACUACACUUCAGUGGGGUCCCGGGCCUCGGCUCCCGCUUCCUCUGCGAGCCUUUGCCUGCGCGGCUCUACGUGGACGCCUUUACCUCUUGGGUGGAACUACGCUAGAACAGAACAGGGCUGUAGUGCAUUCAGGUGUGCUUAUUUAUCACACUCUGACCGACUGCUGGACACGGGUAGCGCUGGACUCUGGCACUACCUGCCUCGCUGGAGGCGUGGCAGUGAGAGGAGGAGUCUGUGCAAUCGGAGGAUACAUGAGGGAUACCACAAAGUUCCUGGACGGGAAUUACACCAAUCUGGAGACUUUAGACGCUACCGGCCGCGUUCUAUUUUUCCGAGAGGGCAGGGGGUCAGGGGUGGAGAGGGAGGUGACUGGUGGAGGUGUGAUGGUCAGUGCGGAGCAACGGGGGGCUGCCUGUGGUGGAAGUGACCGAGCUCCGAGUCCUGUUGUCUUCCCAGGAUUGCCUCGGCGGAUAGCUGCAGGCGGUGUAGCUAGGUGGAAGAGGAGGAUUUAUGUGCUGGGCGGAGAAAAUGGGUCGCGCUUCUACGACAGCGUGUACUGCUGGAAACCUGGCUGGCGCAGCUGGGUGCAGAGACGGGAAAAACUUCCUGGAGAGACUGGGGGGGUCAGCCAGUUUGGGUGUACCACUCUUAAAUUCCCCAAAAAGCACAUCCUGUCCAGACUGAGACUAGCCAAAGAAAACUGCAAGAAGCCCAACGACUAAUUCGACAGCAGGGCGUGACCACGACCUUGGCGGCCUUUCAUUGGCUGCUAAUUGAUCUCAUGCAAUGUUGUUUUUAAAAUAAUUUAAAGCAGAAUAUCUACUUUUAUACAACAUGUGCGCAGCCACCACGCAGGCCUAUAACAGAUUAGAUCCUUUAAAAUGGAUUAUCUCUAAGAGUCUGACGAACAGUAAAGUCGGCCACCUGAAUGUUUCCUAGUCCACCGUUUAUCAAAGGAAUAAAAUCCUUUCAGAGAAGAAGAAAUGUUUUCUCAAAAUGUGACGCUGUUUCUGGCUUUUUGCUCUUAUGUUUUUAAAGCUAUUUAAAAAUCACUAAUGCUGUAAAUAUUUUUUUUUCUCAUCACGUUGUUUAGACACAAGUGUACUGAAAUGUUUCAUGACGUGUUAAAACUGAUCGUCCCCUCUGCGCCUGUGAUGUGCUGCGACACUGCAGUUAAGGGCUACACAAAUCAACUUCAUAGAGAAAUAUGUAAGACAGAAAUUUUUGAAAACCAUUUUCUUGUACUUGGUCAAUGAACAUGACGCCGUGUUCAUCGCCAUUCAGUUCAGGCAAGAGUUGGAAAUGAAUUGUUUCAAUAGUAAGUACCCGUGUAAAGAUUUUAAGUGGAAAUUUCACAGAACAGCGCUCUCUACUGGAGGAUCUCAGGCUACUUUGGACUUGUAAUGAGGUUAGCAUCCCUUAAAGUUGAGCAUUCAUUAGCUAGAAAGCUGCUCAAAGAUGGUAGGAGCUGUUUAUAUCAGAACAAAAUGUGUUGUUCUACACAUGGUUGUUUUUCAGUUUUUCCAUUUGUUCCUGAUUAAGAAAAUUAUUGAAGUGUUUUACAUUAGAACUGUGAAGCAGAAGGAAAAUGAUACAUGGCUUUCAAAAUAUUUUUACAAAUAAAACUCUGAAAAGGGCAAUAAACGAUUGUAUUCAGCCCCCUUUAAUUUCCCUAAAUAAAAUUUAUUUAUUAUUGGCUAUAAGCAAUGCACUCCACAUAUCUCAUCUUUAUGGAACAGUAGUUAGAUGGAAGCCAUCCUUUUUGCUGCUCUGCGCAAGUUAUGCAGCGGACACAGCAAAACUUUAUGGCCUCCAGGCAGAACGCUAUAUGGAGCAGAAAACGAACAAAACACAUAACCUGGAAACAUGGUGGUUGCUGUGCAGCAUCAUGCUUUCAUACUUUUUUUAAACAGUAGGGACAGGGAGGCUGGUCAGAGUGGACAGGAGGACGGAUGGUGCUAAAUGCAGGGUAGUCCUGGAGGAAAAACUUAGGUCGACCUUAAACACAGAGCCAGAGAGCUACAAUGGAGUGGUUUAGAUCCAAGUAUUUUCAUGUGUUCGAAUGGCCCAGUCAAAGUUCAAAUUUAGAUGCACAGAUCCUCUUCAUCCAUUCUGCGUUUGAGCUAUUUGACAAAGAAGAAUGAGCAAAACAUUUUAGUCUUUUGAUGUCCAAAACUGGUGGAGACAAACCUCAGAAGACAUACAGCUGUAGUUAGAGCAGAAAGUGAUGCAAAUAUGUGCUUCUUCAUGUUGUCGCUUGAAAUCCCAGUUUGUCGAUAAAUGUUAACAGAAGAGAUACUGAAAUCCUUUAUAUUCUCAACCCACAUUUGAGAAUGUCAAUACUUUUCUUUAAUAGAGCAACUUCCAUACAAAGUACAGGAAAUGAGCACACAAACCAUCAACAAUCACACCAGAAAAUGUUACGCUGAGGAAAUAUAAUCUAAGGUCGUCUUAAAUGUGGAAGUGAGGAAAGGCCAGUAGAAAUAGUGCUGCUGUGUCCUUUCGCUCCCUUAAAGUUUAUAGUGGAGUUCUGGGUUUCGUUUGUCUUUCUGUUCGGUUUCAAAUAAUCGUAAGCAUGAGAGCUCAUUAAGAAACAGGCUCAGGAAGCAUAGCCAUCUGCAGUUUGGGGGUUGGACCGAGGAAAAGGAUGCAAACCCAAAAACACCAAGUCAGAAACGCCUUCUGUAGAAAAAAGCACAGAACUAAUGUGAGCAGAAACAGCUUUUAUGCACUGGAAGGUGAAGACUGCACAGUGUUAGGGUGUGGUCAGUAUCUAUACUACCUAAACCUGUGAGGAGCUGCUGCUCUGUUGGUAUGUGGAAUUGUUUGAUUAGUUUGAGCUUUAGAGGAGAAGAAGAAAAUUGGUAAAUUCAAUCAGGAGUUUCCUCCUCCCAUAGUCCAAAGACAUGCCUGUUAGGUUAAUUGGUCACUCUAAAUUGCCCUUAGCUGUGUGAAUGAGUGUGUGCUUGGUUGUUUAUGUGUUGCCCUGCGAUGGACUGGCGACCUUUCCAGGGUGGACUGACUGACUGAGUUUCUGAAACAUCUCAGAAAAUGAGAAAAUCACGAGAUGAGAGUACCUUGAUUUAGCGAUACAACACAGAUGACAGUGUUAUUGGAAGCUUGUUAAAGGACACAUGGACCCCAAUGUUCCUCACAGCUGGACCAUUUGUCUUCAGUACCUGAGUGCAGCAUCUUGGCUGCAGAAAAGCAGAUUUCAAACAAGAAACUCAUUAGGCUUUGAUAUGUUUUCCACUGUGUUUACAUUCUGAGCAGAUACAGCUGAACUGUUCACCAUCAAUGACUUGGAAAGCACCGUUAAAAUGAUGAGGUAUGUCUGGAAAGUUGAUCUUGUGCUUUAUGUAGAACCAUUUGGUAUCCUUGUGUCUAAACCUGCAUCUUUCUUCAGCCUGAGAGCCAGGUGAGGCGUCACGUUCAGCCACAGGACUGCUGUUACCGACCCAAUGUGACAUCACACUUGAUUUUUUAAAUGUCGUUAAAUCACCCAGGUUUGUGAAGGUCUUUGCACUGCAGUGUGAACAUUCUGUAAGCUGCUGCAUUUUGCUAAAAAAUUAACCUGUCCAUUAAUUAUAACUGUGAGACACAUCCGUGGUUUGUUCCACCAUCCUUCCAUCUUUUCACACGUGAAACUCCACAGAAGGUCCACCAGCCAGCAGGGGUAAAUUAUCAGAAUGUGUGAUGUUCACGAAAUGGUUUAUGUCUGAGUUGCUCAACAAACCGCCAGAAAAAGAUGAAGCAGGGGACAAAUUUACAUGUUUGGUCCGGGUCUUUAUUUAUGUACACAACAGAUUUUUUUUUUUUUUUUUUUUUUGGUGGGCCCAUCAUUUUAAAUCUCAGUUUUCACCUAGAAUAAAAAUGUUUCUUAUUUUGGUUGUCCAGAUAAACGGUCUGGCAUGUUUACUGGGAUUGUUUUCAUUUGUACAGCACUGGGUAUGAAUGUUAUAAAAAAUCUGAGCCUAUAAUGAUCCCUUUGACCUGUUCGUGGAAUAAUCUGACAAUAAACAACUUUAGUGCAUUUUAAAAACAA